UUUUGAAGUGUCGAUGAUGUAUGAAAUUUCUUUACUUGAGUAUACGUCAUGAAGUUGAAUGACAAGGUGUGAAUCAACGUUCAUAAUCUCGUGACAAAAAAAAACAUCUGUUGUCCCACCCUCCAAAGUGUUCUUUGGACUCGGAUAGAUAGCACGGGUCCGAGCUAAUAUUUCACAACAGUUAAGAGUUGAGGUUUUGAGCGUGGUAAGCACGUAUCUGUUCAGCUGUUUUAGUUGUUCUACCAGGACUACAAGAUGAAAGUUGCUUUGGUUUUGGGCUUAGCUUUCUUCUGCUCACUCUGGUCAGGAGGUAAGCUGAUGUUUCUUUUGCGAAAUACUCUACUCAUGCGUGUGGUGGUUAUACGAUUUGCUCGAAGGCCGCUUUUAGCUCGAGAGUGAAAUCUGACAUUGUCGUUUCUCUUGGAAAUACAUAUUGCCGAUUGAGAGUCAGUUCGUCGGCUAACAGUUAUUCUUUUCUCGUGGUUCACGUACAAAGACAUCGACGGAUCAAAAACAAAAAAUAGUUGGAAUCAAUAACGAUCGAUGGUCGAUCACGAGCAUGUAGAUUUACUUUAGUGACGCAAAGCUUGGCAAGUGAGACGGAAAGUUCAAACUUCUAGACUCUCAAUCAAUCAUAAUGACUGAAGAUAGGAUUUCGAUUGUUUUUUUUUUGUGUGGAAAUUACCAUUCCCGUAUUUCGAGAUAACUUUGUUACAUACAUUUGCGCUGUUUAGAUUGGAGUUAUGUUACGAGAACAGAGUAAAUUUGCGAAUGAUAUAACGACAGUGUAAGUCCAAUAUUUUUUCCGCAUUCAAAGAAUUUCAUGAAUCCUCAACUACUGGGAUCUGUAAAGAAGUUUGCUAAAUGUCAAUACUGAAGCUAGCCUUUCCUUUUGUUAACUUUUUACAUUUUGUAUCAUGGUCUUCCACACAUUUUAAUUAAAAACUGUAUAGCUAGUCUGGUCGAUAAUGUAAUGCCGCUACUCAAAUUAGCAUAGCUAUUUGUGCUAGAUAUGCAGGUGAAAGUCGCGUCCAUUGAAUUUCGUUUAAUUAAAAAUUUUGUAAGACACCUUCUAUACCGAAGGCAACCGCAAAAGCAGUUGAAACUGGCUUGUGUGGAAAGUUGCGGAGAUGACUGCCCGUAGUUAAUUUUAAGAAAUGAUCUCCCAUAUAUAUCCGGUAGAUUAUAAUGGCUCUCCGAGUUGUUUUGCUGUAGCUCGGCUCAGUGGUCUGUUUCAAGAACAUGUUGGUAGUUGUUUGACUCGCAAGAAUAGUAAUGCAGGUCUUAAGUUUCAAUUUAACGUUGAUUCAUAUUGAUCUUGAAAAUUUUACCUCGAAGAGCACGGUGGUGAACGCGUCAGACAAAACCGAAAUGUCAAACGCGAAAUGAUAGCAAGCUAAGUAACGAAAGCAGAAUGCCGGUAAACAAUUUAAGGAGGCUCCCUUGGGUUUUUUGACCGCGUGAGAUCUGGGUGGGAACAUUGUGUGAGCUUGAAAAGUGUCAAUAUGCAGAAUAAAAAAUGGUGGCUUGACACGAUUGCAUGAUUGUUAUCUGAAAAGCUGUUUUAAACAGUUUAUCAUAUAAACAAUGGUGUUAUGCAAGAAUUUCCAACCCUUAGAAAAGCUGUAACAACACACAUGAAAAAUAUCAUACUGUUUCACCUGUGUUUGAUAUCACCAAUCAGCUGUUGGUAUGUCACUUGCUUUUCACAUCACUCGGUCAGGGUUGAUGAAUGAACGACAAAGCCUUCACCAUUCUCAAUCCAUGGUCGUUUGUUGGAAUUUUUUUUGGAUUAUAGCUGCUAAAAUACUGAAAAAUCUGUAACACUUACAGACAGUGAUGUUUAAACGCUCCUAGAAAGGGAGGAAAACCAAAAUGUGGAAAGAAAAACUGAAAGUUACAUAUUCAGAGGUUUAUUAAUGGCAUUUAUUGUGGCUGAGAACAAAGAUCGACAACUGAAAGGUUUGCUACAGGCUGAUUGUGGCUGUGUGCCUGAGAGAUUUCUUCUGUCAGCAAGGACCAAGUCAAUAACCGAGAAUUCUGUAUAUUGAAAAUUACACCUAUUGUUUGUUUUUGUAGUGUUUCAAUGCAUUUUUUCAUAUUGAGCCUUAGCACCAAUGCACUUUACGAUUUUCAUUCAGGAAUUAUCUAUCCUUUUAUUUUCAUUUGUUAAGAAAAGUUGAAUUUUCUUGUCAGUGAUGGAGCUAUCGUGUUUAUAGGAUAAACAAAAUAAUACAUGGUUGCUUGUAGAUAUGAAAUUUCUCCUCUCAUGUCCAACUCGAGCUCACUUGUGAGAUAUCGAGUUCACUUGAACACUUGAAGAGAAAUUCCAUAUCUAUGCAUGCCCAUAUAUUAUUCUCUAUUUAACACAGUACAGUUUUUAAAUGAUGGAAUCUAGGGUUUCCAGCAAUAUUCAUUGGCCUUUAUGUCUGAUAAAGAGGUGAACCAAAAAGAAAACAUCUUGGGAAAGAUUGCUAAAGGGCAAUAGAUUUGAAAGGUUAUGCGUGCUCAUAUAUACAUCUUGGUGAACUUCUAUUCCAUUAUGUAUGUUUUGUGACAAAGAAAUAGGGAUCUUUCGAGCAAGAUUUAUGGCAUUUCCAUCAGUGGAAACAAUGGUACUUCCUAGUUGACGAUACUUCCUAGUACCUGUUGGUAAAAAAAGUUCAUAAGACCAAAUUUGAGAUAGAGGAAGAAAACACAAAAUUGCAAAUAGCAAGGAAGUUACCUUUGUAACCCCCAUUUUUUUUGGCUUUUAAAUGAUUGGUGGGACAAAUUUCUCAAACUGAAAAUUUUGAGAGAUUUCAUGGCAUCAAAUUGAUUUAAAUCAAAGGCAAAGCCAAAUUAUCAGUGGCAAGGACCUCCAUUCAUGUAGCCUGGCUUAAUAACAGAAAUCAUUUUGAUAAUAUUUCCUACAGCAAACAUGCAAUAGUCUGAACCUUGCUUAUCGCCUGUUGAUUGCUUUGAGUGACCUUGAAAAACAAAAACAAACAAAUUUUUUAGAAAAACAUUACUCUGGUGUGUACACCAGCACUGAGCAAAAACUCUACAGAGCCUCCUUAAAGUAGUAGUAUGUUGUGCGAUUCAAGAGAAUUCUGAUCUUUAAAAGGACCCAUCUACUUUUGCAGCUACUCUAAAUAAAUAUAUACAUAUAUAAUAUAUAUAUAUAUAUAUAUAUAUAAUUAUAUAUAUAUGUAUGUAUGUACAAGUAUAUAUGUAUUUAUUGUUUUUAGUUAUUACUGUUAUUUCAACAUUAUUUUUAUAUACCAAAGACCACCUUGCAAAAACUAAAGACAAAUUUUAAUUAAGAACUGGAUGUUUCAAUGUCAACCAUCAUGAGGCCAUUAUCAAAAGGAUGAUGAAGAUUUAAAUACAGCAGUGAGACCUAAUAGAUUUAAAUAAACUGAAAUAAGAUAUGAAACAAAGACCUAUGCACAAAUACAGCCAGUUUACAGGUUCAUAUGUUAGACUGGCCUGUGUAUUAAAAAACAAGGCACUCAAACUUGUUCUCACUUUUUCUGUGGGUUCAGUAUUAAAAUGCUCAUCUUGUUCAAGUAGUGUUUCCUAUGAAGAUUGCCGAAAGACAUUGACAGUAGAUAAUUGCACAAAUCCUAACCAGACAUGUUACCAAGCCGAAGUGAAGUCUGAGAAAGGAGAUGUUGUAGAAUUUUUAGUGCAAAAGGGAUGUCUUCAAAAAGAUUUCUGUGAUGCAUAUAGCAAAGGGGACAUAGGAUUUUGCAAUACAAAGAGACUAUACAGUAUACUAUACAGUAUACAAAACUAUACAGAAGACUGCAAAAGAAAGUGUUGUUUUGAUGGUGAUGAGUGUAACAAGGAAAAUCUUCUGAAUCCGCCAAUUGACCAAGUUAACUGCACUGUUUGCAGUGGAGUUGUUUUACGAGAAGGCAUAUUUGCAUGCAUAUAAUAUUUCGAUAGUUGAAAUCAACUUUUUUGCAUGCUUUUACAUGUAGUUUAAUCAAUCCUGAACCAUUGGGCUGUGUAGAAGCUUUGCUAAAGUUGGCAUUUUACCCUUAACUUCUUAUGUUUUGCAUCAUGAAUUGCAGCACAAUUUUAAGUUAAAUAAAAUUAAUAGUGUAAUGGCCUGUUGAUAAUAAGUAGCACAACUGCAUAUAGAUCUACAUGACAUACCAUGAACAUGUGCCAUCCACAUUAAAUUUCAUAGUAGGCUCUGAUCCAAUCUUUUCAAGAUUUCUUAAUUAACAUUUCUUUACAACCCAAGGAAUUCCCCAUCACUAAAAGUUUCCUGAGAAGCAACUUUUGAUGGUGCAGCUACUCUGAGGAAAAAAGGUUUCUUUUCUCUUAAUUCCAAGAGUAAUUUGUAUCAAAAAUCACUGUGCAAAAAUUUAAGACAAACUUUCAGUCAGAAGCUAUGGUUUUAAUGUUUUCAUGAAGGGAUUAUGAAAAGAAUAAUGAUGUUCCUAGUUAAUAUUUCCAGGAGACAUACAUGAACAUGUAACAGGGUUAAAUAUGCCCUUUUAACCUCCUAGAGUACCUGGGUCUAAUUUCUCUUUACAAUAUCACCCCUGACUCACCCAUUCGCGUCAUGAGAAUCAAGGAGGUGAUCACCAACUAAGGAAGCUCUGGAUUGUUCAACUAAUUCUCCUUAUCAGCACCUUAGGAAAUGUACAAAGAACUGUAUGGAGAAUGUGCAUACUGAUGUUAAGGCAUAAAAUAAGGUAUCAAAUCCUAAGCAGUUAUUGGGCACCCUCUAUGUGCUCAGCUUUUAACACAGCUAUUACAUUUAUUAAGUCAAGUAUAUUUCUCUAGUAGGAAUUUCUUUUUUUUUUAUCACCUCAGGUUUGCCUUUAAAGUGCUCAUCUUGUUCAAGUGAUGUUUCCUAUGAAGAUUGUCAAAAGAAUUUGAUGACAGUAAACUGCACUGAGGACCAGGCUUGUUUUCAAGUAGACACCAAGUUUGAGAAAGGGAAUGAGGUAAUAAUUGCUAUUCAAAAAGGAUGUGUUGGAAAAACCUUGUGUGAUGAUUACAGCAAAGGGGAAAUUGGGGAAUGCAAAACAAGGAAAGCACAAGGAUAUACAGUGGACUGCAAAGGAAAGUGUUGCUCUGAUGGUGAUGAAUGUAACAAGGAAAAUCUUCUGCUAAACAACCAAGGCUCUGCAUUUGUAAUCAGUGUAAUGGUCUUGCUGCUUAGUGUGCUCUUGACACUUGGUAAUGUAAAUUGACUUUGAAAAGCUUCUGUUUCUAUGACCUAUCAACCUUUGAAUCUGUUAUUUAAGGGGUAAGUUUAAAAAUCCUUAUAGGGUUCUUAAAAACCUCUAGAUUCUCUUUAACUCUAUGACCCAUAACAGUGACUAACAUCAAACAUUUAGGGUCACAAGAGCAAAGCAAAUUAUCACAACUAAAUAAAUUCUUGAUUGUUAAACAAAUUCUCCUUGUCAGCACCUUAGGAAAUGUAGAGAGACCAGUACAGAGAAUGUGCAUACUGAUGUUAAAAUGUAAAGGGUUUAAGAAACUGGUUGUUCAUUGGGCAUCAAUUAUCAGAGACUCUAUAGCUUUAGAGCAGAAUCCUCCAGUUAAACUUCCAUUGCCUAAGCUAAUUUUUAUUUUCAGACACAUAGGAUAUUCUUCAGUUAUUUUAUGCUAUCAUAAACUGCUUCUACUAUUCAUAAUGAAAACAGUACUAACUUAAUUGUCUUGUUUCUCUUCUUUUGUUUAAAAAAAACACGAGGAGAAUUGGAUGUUCGGAUCACAAACCCCUUUCAACAUGCAUCCUCAUUUUAUUACUGGACAAGACUGACUCAUACUGAAACAUGCUUUCCAUUGUAAUGUUUUAUAUGCUCCCAUUUACUGUUUCACUCACAGAGGUGUUCAUCAUGUAGAGUAGCUUUGUGUUAGUUAAUGCAUUAUGUAAGAAAUAGGUGAUGAAAAGAGACAAAAUAUUAUUUGUAAGAGGGUGCCUGUCAGAUCGGGAUAUACACACAUCCCUUUUACAUAUAUCACCGAGUUCUCUUAACUAAUAAAUAAGAAAUGUAUGUGAGUUACAAUGCAAGGUAUUUAAAUCAGAUAAGUAGGGUUGAACAUGAAAUAGGGGCAGAGGGGGGCAAAUUUCUCCUAUAACCGGUUAGCCCUUUGAUUCCCAGAAGUGAUUAACAUGCAACUUCUCCUUAUAAAAUAUAUAUAUUAUCCAGCAAACAGGUAAUGAGAAUACUCAGACUUAUCAUGUCAAAGUUGUCAACUUGAUCCAACACAAAAUUCUCGUCACUAAUUUACUAAGAAAAGUGUAACAGCUAGAGAGGAGAAUUAACAAUCAGUUCUUGGGAGUUAAAGGGUUAACCUAAAAGGGAUGUCAAUCUUAAUUUUCUUCAUAUCAAGUUUCCUUUUCAACAUUUCUUUUUGUUUUUUUUUGGCACUCUUGUCCAGUGUAUUGAUUCAUCCACCAAAGUUGGGAGUUUAAAGUGUAAACUUGCAGACUUCUUUUCAAGCCAGAUCUUGUGAGAAUCUUACUGUUGAAGGCUUUAGAGCAUUUUUGAACAAAAAUGGUUGGUUUGUGACUCCAGCAAGACUUGAUAUAAGCAAAUGAGCAGCUGUAGUAUUCAUUUUCCAGUUUUUCUUUGAUUUUCCAAGGAAAUGCGCAUCUCAUUCGAGAAAAUGAUUUUGAGCUUUUUAUAAUCAUAGGUAAGAUUAUAUAUAGGUUGAUUAAGAUACUAGCUGAUAGGUUUUACCAGUAAUGGAUACAUAAGUAAACUGAGGUGAAUUAAAAGAGGCAGUAUGUAAAGAGCCUGUAAGGGGUUGAUUUUUUAAAAAAAUGCUAUUUUAUGGUUUUAAACCAAUUAGCAAGGAAGUGCGUGAAUUCUUUUAUUUUGAGCUGUGUUUGUGUUCAUGCCAUUGCUUAACAGCGUGUCCGUAGGCUCUCAUAGACACUGUCUCAUAAGCGUCUUACUGCUUCUUACAAGCCGGUCUGCUUUACCCGUCAGUGGAAGAUCUACAGAGGUGUGGCACAAGAAACGUCAGAAAGACGUCCCAGAUAGCAGCACCUGUGAAAGCAUGCUUGCAGUUUAGUUAUUCUAUAGCAUAGACUUAGUGCUCCCAAAAAUAAAGGAUCUGUCGUUGC